UUGAAAAAAAAAAACACAUGACGUUUUAUAAUGUCAAAUUAGACUUCGCAAAAUGUCUUGCGGCUGCGAAGAUAAACCAUGGCGUAAUUAUUAUAGAUAUUACGAUACGCCCGAUGGCUGUGAUUUGGCAAAGAAGAUACUAGUAACCAGCCGCUAUGGGACGAUAGCCGGUAUGAUUUUCGCAACGUACGACGUGCUGCUAUUUUCGCAUGCAAUAGGAAUAGUUCCAGUGUUAAAAAGAUAUGCCAUGCACGUGGUGCCACUGGCGCUGAUGGGUGCCACCUUUACCGUGGUAUCCCACGCCGCGUUACAAGCAAGGCAGAGAGACGACCAGUACAACUACUUCCUUGGGGGUUUUGCAUGCGGACCCAUCUUAGCAUCGUAUCUUCGGUCCAAGCAUGCUAUCCUGCUCGGCGGCCUAGCGCUCGGGACUGCUGGUAUGAUAAAGAAGGUUGCGGUCACAAAUGGCUAUACUAUCUUCCCAACCAUACAGUCCCACUUUGGUUCCAUCACCGCUUGGAGACAUAAUUACACCCUGACCAAUGAUCCUCUUGAUGAACUUCGUCAUUCUUGCGGAACGAAGCAGAAAAAAUGUAAUUAAAUAAAUGAUAACUAAAGAUUGA